ACUUCACUUCACAUACAUUACAUCUUAUUAAUGAAUUACGAGUUACAAUUACGCUAGCACUAAUCAAAUAUAUAUGUAUAUACAUAUACUAAAUGGAAUAUAUAUAUUCUUUGAUUUGACCGUAGUUGAUAUCUCAAUUCAAUUCUCUCACCCCAGUUUACAAAAUUGUACAAACGAAAAUUAAAAAAUGAAAUGAAAACUGGAUAUAUAUAUAGACGAUUGGAUUUGUAUGUAGUUUUUGGAGACAAUUCAAUAGUUUUUCCUCUAUCAUCAUUUAAUAAUAUUGUAAUACAGCAAAUUGUAUAUUUUUGACUACGAUUUAGUUUAAACAUGCCAUCGGGUUUAGUUUUGUAAUUAAGUAAGUAAAAUUGUAGACACAGAAAACAAAACGAAAAACAAACAAAAAACACGUUAUUAUAAUUUUUUAAGUUCUGUUGUAAUAUGCUGAAAACGCUUGAAAUUUAUAUUUAAAAGGCUUUAAUUAAGUUGUGAACCUUUUAAACACAUAUACAUAUACAUACAUAUUGAUAACAACCGAAAAACGCAUAUUACACUAUUAAUUGAAUAAUAUAUAUCUCCAUAAUUAUAAUUUCUGAAUCAACACCGAACAUUUUUCAAUAUAAAGUCAGUAAGCACAUUUGUGUACAUUUUCACAACAAUAUUCAAACAAAAACUGAUAUUGUUCAACAUUUCGAUUUACAUAAACGUUUUGAUGUACAAGAAAACAUUAAUUGUGCAAUUAUUUGCAAUAAAAAGUUUACAAAGCAAAAAUACAAAAUAUAAAUCGGUUUUCAACUGUCAUUUCAAUUUCCAGAAAUCUGGCAACACUGCGCUCAAAUUGUAAACAAGGAACAGCUGAUACGCUUAUUUCAUUUUAGUUGGCACACAUUUUUUAUAUAAUGUCGACGAAAACUGAAAAUGCUGAGACAAAAGAUGCAAACACUACAGAAAAAUUAGAAGAUACAUGGGCGAUCCGACCGUGUCACCUGUAUAAGGAUGAGCACGACGACUGCACCAGUUUUAAGGCACGUUUCCAUCAAUAUUUCAUACACGGCCGGGACACAGAUUGUUCACAAUGGCUGACGGACUUUAAAAAUUGCGAGCGCUAUGCGCAAUCGAAUGGCAACGACGUUGUCGCCGGCGCUGCUGUCAUCAAGAGCGAGGAGCAACGACGAUUGACACGAUUGCGGGCGCAUUACGCCAAUGAUACGUGGACAAAACGUAAACAGCCGCCAGAGGAUUGGGCCAAGCCGUUACCCGACUGGCUGCAGAAGCGCAAUGAGAACACAUACUUGGAGCUUAAGCAAAAGGAGCUGUUGGGCGAGACGACAGCAUCAACAGAGGAACAGCGUUCAUUCUGUGCUAUUAUGUAGCGUUAGCCAAUAAAGAUAUCAACAUACGAA